GCGGCUCUCUCGUUGUUUGUUUACAACCUGAGUAGCUUUGUCCACAGUAAGCUAACGGGGUGAUUAAACUUCACAAGUCGGCAGUCAAGAUGGGAUGUGAUGGAGGCACGAUCCCAAAAAGACAUGAGUUGGUGAAAGGCCCUAAAAAAGUCGAGAAGGUCGAUAAAAAUGCAGAGCUGGCCGCCAAAUGGAAGUACUGUGCCCUGAGCCAGGAAAAACUCAGACGCCCCAUCGUUGCUUGCGACCUGGGAAGGCUCUAUAACAAAGAUGCUGUCAUUGAAUAUCUCCUGGAUAAGUCUGCUGACAGACCCAAUGCUGAGGCUGUUGCACACAUCCGUGGGAUAAAGGAUAUAAAGGAACUGAACUUGACCGAUAAUCCUGAGUGGGAGGGAGAAAGAAGAAAUGCUAAAGGAGACCGUUAUGAGGAUAUCCACUGUGGCAUGUUCAUUUGCCCUGUUGUAGGGUUGGAGAUGAAUGGCAAGCACAGGUUUUCUUACCUGCAUACCUGUGGCUGUGUCUUCUCUGACCGGGCCCUGAAGGAGGUCAAGACAGAAAUCUGCCACAAGUGUGGGGACCCGUUUAAAGAUGAGGAUAUCAUUGUGGUCAAUGGCACCAAGGAAGAGGUGGAAAAGCUGAGGGAGAAGAUGGAAGAGAGGCGAGCCAAAGCCAAAACUAAGAAAUCAAAGAAGAGCAAAGCAGCUGAAACUGUGUCCACACCAUCAGAAUCAAAAGAUGACACACAGUCUCCUCAAGUGAAUGUAGCAGAGAGCAGCUCCAGUUCGGACAGCCAGAGCACCUCGUCAGAUGUGCCCGGACCCUCGGGAUCCUCCAGCUCCUCUAAAGGCGCCAAGUCUUCGACAGCCUCCGCCUCCAAGAGGUCCAUCCAGGACAUGAAGGAAAAAUCAGAGGCCUUCAAAUCCCUGUUCACCUCCCACAGCUCCGCCAAGCGUACCAAAGAGCAGACAUCCAACUGGGUCACCCACACCCCAUAUCACUUCUAAGUAACUAUCACUCAGUGUAAAGACCGCCAUUUUUAGAUUGCUCCAGAAAAUGUGACCCAUUAAAUACCAAUUACUGAUAAAUCUAAUUCUGCAUACCCAGCUCCAGAAAUGCACAUUACCCACAUGACCUUUAAUAAUAUCACCAAUGUAUGGGCUCAUUCCCAACUUGUCUCUUCAGUCCCAAGUAGCUCAGUGUUUACAUGUUGUGAACAUUUUGUUAAUAGCUCCCCAAGCUGUUCAGGCGCUUUGUUUUGUAACCUAAUUCCUCCCCCAUGUAUUCUCUUCCAUCAGUGUGUUCUCAGUCACAGGUGCUUGGAGAAUUGAUGCUAGGGUGACUUCAUCAUUUCUGUCACUCUGCUGUCUCCUAGUGGACAGACCGCAGCUUUUUAAAGUGUGAUCUCUAAAUGGUUGAAACUAUCACAGAAGUGAUGUGAGUGGAUAUAUACAGGCUUGAUCUCACUCUUCAGUUGAGAUGAAACAUCCUACUGGGUUCUACCUGUCUUCAAAGACUAUUGUCUAUGAACACAUAAUGUGGGUUUCUUCAUAAGUUCUACCAGAAUGAGCUUGGCCCUCAUUCCUUCUUUGUAGAAUAUAUUUCACAAGUUUUGCAGAGAACUCUGAAGUUAUUUUUUUUUUCAGUCUAUCGGUUAUUUAUAGCAAGAUGAUAAGAAACUUGAGCAUCACAAGCUUCAUUAUUUUCAGUUUCCUUUUCCAAACAAAGUGCUUCCAACUGUCUGUUUUUCUCUGGGUCUUUUUGGAAGACCUUUUGAUGUGAAAACAAAAUAUGUUGGUUUCCAGUUUGUGAUAGCAAAAUGUGGUGAAAUUGAAUUAUGUUCUUCUUCAGACAGUUGGAGUUUUUAAAGGAGAUUAGAAAUGUUUUGGUCUUCCUUUUUUUUUUUUUUUUUUUUUUUUUUAAAUGUAAUGAGAAGAUGUCAAAAUAAAAUUUCUAUUCAGUCAAGUUUGAUUUUUCUUAAAACCAAUUUCCUCACUCUGUAUUACCGUAUUGUGCUGCCUAUAUUAUAAGUACAAUGCACAAAAAGUUGCCUUUAUUUUGUGUUUGGCCUGUAAUAUAAAGCUUGGUUACACAAUGCUAUAAAGUGAAAAGAAGAGCAAUAAUUACCUGUGGUGACAGCAGCAACAACUCCCAGUUGUGCACUUCACAGGAAAAUUCACAGCAAAAACAAGCUAUAAAAAGUUCUGAUUACAUACAGCAGCUGACGUGUGUUUACAUGUUAACAGGUGUGAAAUUGAAAUCUGUUGUUAGGUUUAGUCUUUAGUGCGUUGAUCAGGAGACACCCAGCUGUCAGCAUCUGCUUGGUUACUGUUGCACAUAUGGUCUCGCUUGCGUGUCCUUUAUUGUCUUCUAAUGAAGGAGGGGGGUCAAAACAGCAGCCUCUGAUCAAAUAGGGGCAGUGAUGCAGGAAGUGUUCAGAAGCAAAACAGAACUACAAAAAAUUCUUUAAGGAAAUACUCAAUUGACAAAUAAAAGUCCUCCAAUUGAAUAUGUUCAAUAAUAUCUUUUAUAUUUAUUCAUUUUUUCUCCAGAAGUUAAAACACAUUUUAAAUAGACUGAAUUUGCAUAUUCAUAGAUUAUACCCAGGUUGCUCCAAGCAUCUUAGUGAUCUUGCCCCAGUUCUUCUGUGGAUUUAAGAUGUCUCAGUGUCUUCAGUCUCUUCAUGUGAUCCUAGACUGACUCCACAGUGUUGAGAUGAGUGCUUUGUGGGGACAAGACCAUCUAUGGACACACCUUCAUAUUCACUUAAAAGAGAGUGCAUCCAAACGUUUGACUAGUACUGCAUUUAUAUAUAUAUAUAUAUAUAUAUAUAUGUUUUAGGAACACCACCUAGCUAUGUUCAGUUUUUGUUCAAACUGUGCUAAUUGUUUUGGAGGAUGUAGUCCGUAUACUGUUGAACUGCAGUGUGUUAUGUUGACAUGUGUUUCUAUUAUAUUGUCCACCACAUUCAUAUCAAGGAGGGAAGGCUAAACAACAGACACACCUUUGUAUUCUGCAAUACAGUUCAACAGCACCACAAAUUGCUGCCUCCACCUAACAAUAGUAAAAUAUAUAUGUAUAUAUACAUAUACACAUAUACCCAUGCUACAUCAACAGUAAUCUACAUCUACAGUCAGUAAAACAUUUGAUACAGCCCAGAAAACAAUUGUGCCACUAAAAACAGCAUAUAUGGUGACUGAAGAAAAAAAGAAGAAUAAAAUUAGGUUAAAAUAUUUUUUUUUAAUUGCUGACCAAAAAAUUGUGCAGAAACUUAAAUAUCCCCUCUCCAUUUGACAUGGCAUGAAAUAAAUUCAAACUUUCUGAUUAUUUCCAGGUUUAUAUGAAAAUUGAGAUUUUUGAUGAAGUCUCAGACUUUUUGACCUCACUGUAUGAGCUCCACAUGUUUUGCGUUAAAUCUUAAUCUAAUAGGUAACAGAACUACAGCUGCCAAGUGUAGUCCUAUGUAGUGGAGUAAAUUGUACAUUGUUUCCUUCUGAAAUGUAGUGGAGUGUAAGUGCUGUAUAAAGUGGCAUAAAAUGGAAAUACUCAAAUAAUAUACAAGUAGCUCAAAUUCGUACAUAAGUAUAGCAUUUGAGUAAAUAUCCUGUGUUACAUUCUACGACUGGAUAGGCCCAUAUGCAUACAUGACUGUCUAUAUAUGCUAAGAUCAGCUAGAUCCAAAGUAAUACUGACCCUUUCUAAAUCGAGAGCAGCCCUGUGGUAAUGUGAGGACGCAGCCACUAGGCGGCAGCAGAGGCGUCCUUAUACUACCUUCUGAUUUUAUAAACUCAAACUGUGGCCCAGUAAAAAAAAACUAAACAAACGGAACAUACAAAGGGGAGUCUGCCUGCUUCUCAUUAAAUGUAAGUUACACCAUAAAUAAUCCAAUCACUGUGGCUGAAAAUUUAAAUAAACACUGCAUCCUCUUGUCCUCA